UUCCAUUAUUGAAAAAUCACUGCUUUACAAACCCUAACUCUUACUGUUUCUCUCUGUACUGUUUUCUAGAUUCUCUCUCUCUCUCUCUCUCAAUGCAUCGAUCGGAUUCUGAAUCUUCUCGAUGUUUCGGAAGUUCGUGGUGGAAAUCUCGAGCUUGGGGGAAUCGCCUUUAUUUUAGUAAUUCGGGGCUUUUGAGAUUAUAGAUUGAGAUUUGGACCUAAAAGUUUGUGAAUUUGAGCUGAUUUAAGGUAAUUUCUGAGAUUAUCUGGUGGAUAUUUGAGCCGAGGCUGUGUGGUGAAUAUACAGUUUUAUAUAUUUUUUUGAAAUUGGGUUGGAAUUGGAUGGGGGAAGAAGAAGGAGGUGAAAUCCCGCCAAAAAAUGUGCAAUUGGAUACGGCGUAUUUUCCUGCGAAGAAGCUAGCAAGGCAGCUCGAUUUCACGGCCGGUUUUGGCGGGGUUUCUUCUGGAGGUGUUAAUUUGCCGGAACAUCCGCAAUCCACCCAAAGGAUAGCUGUGCCUUCGUCUUCGGCUGCAGUUACUGUGCAGCAACAGCAACAGAUAAAGCCGCCCGUGGUGGCAACAACCUCUGUUGUCGCUGCACAACCUCCUCCUUUUACUACUGCCUCGGCCAGAGCUGCGAAACCAGAAUCCCCAAAAGCAAAACCGAGACCAAACGAACUAAAAGAUGGCACUCCAAAGAAGCAGAAGCAGUGUAACUGUAAACAUUCUCGGUGUCUGAAACUGUACUGUGAGUGCUUUGCAUCUGGCAUAUAUUGUGAUGGAUGCAACUGUGUUAAUUGUUAUAACAAUGUUGAGAAUGAAACCGCAAGACGAGAUGCUAUUGAAGCAACUUUGGAGCGCAAUCCAAAUGCAUUCAGACCAAAAAUUGCAAGCAGCCCGCAUGGCACACAGGAUAGCAGGGAAGAGGUGGGGGAAGUUUUAAUUUUGGGAAAGCACAACAAAGGAUGCCACUGUAAGAAAUCUGGGUGCCUUAAAAAGUAUUGUGAGUGCUUCCAAGCCAACAUUCUUUGCUCUGAAAACUGUAAAUGCCUGGAGUGCAAAAAUUUUGAGGGAAGUGAAGAGAGACAAGCUCUAUUUCAUGGUGAUCAUGCCAACAGUAUGGCAUAUAUUCAGCGGGCAGCAAAUGCUACCAUAACUGGAGCUAUUGGGUCCUCUGGUUAUGCAUCCACUCCCGUGUCCAAAAAGAGAAAAGGUCAGGAGUUCUUUGGGUCAACUGCCAAGGAUCCAGCUGUUCCAAGGCUUGGAAGCUUUCCUCAGCCACAUCAUAUCAGAGCUUCUGCACCUUCCUCUUCCAUGUCUUCACCAGUUUCUCGCGCUAGUACAGCUGCUGCAGUAGGACCUUCAAAAUUUACAUAUAGGUCUCUGUUAGCUGACAUUAUUCAAAAGCAGGACUUGAAAGAGCUUUGCUCUGUUUUGGUAGUUCUAUCAGGAGAAGCUCCCAAAACACUAUCAGAUCAGAGAAUUUUGACCGAACAUCGGAUAGAAGAUCAUGCAGAAACUUCCAUUGCAUCAUCCACUCAAGACAGGCUUCAGAGCCAGAAGGAUGCCAAUGCCGAGAAAACCAUGGCUGAUAAAGCUGGCCCUGAAGAAAUCAGCUCGGGUGGUGUUGAUAUGCCAAAGGGAAGGCCCAUGUCUCCGGGAACUUUGGCAUUGAUGUGUGAUGAACAAGAUACAAUGUUCAUGGCCACUGCUUCUCCUAAUAGGAGCAUGGGCCAUGGCUGCAGCACAUCUUCAAAAUUGUCUUUUGGACAGGGCAUGACUGAGAUUUAUGCUGAGCAGGAAAGAAUUGUUUUGACAAAGUUCCGAGAUUGUCUCAAUAGGCUUAUCACUUUCGGAGAGAUAAAAGAAAUGCAAUGUUCGUCAUUAGCAAGAACAGACAUUGGUAGUCAAAGAGGUCCCCCAAGCAACGGAACUGAAAUGGCCAGAACCGAGAUGGGGAAUCAACAAGGAUCCGUUACCAAUGGAGCUGCAAAAAAUGUCAGUCUACCCACGGUCAAGACAUCUCGGAUGGCUGCUGUGGUGGUCAACGCCGGCAAUAAUGAUCUGCCUAGAGGUCCAUCCCAUCCUGAAAAUGGGGAUGCUAAAUCAAAAACCGGAAAAACAGAUGUAAAGAUCCUAAAUGCCGACAAUCAGUCCAAUGUAUGAUACCACAGUUUCUCUGCACUAAUGCGAGUUUGCGACCCACCAUUCACACCACCUCCCCGAUUUGAUGCAAUAUCAAAGUGAUUGUGGACAUCUUGACACUGACCAGUGCUUGAAUUAAUCUCUCCCAUGUUUUAAUUAUUAUGUCUUAAUGGCCAUGCCCUCUCAUUAAUCCAUUCUUAGUUUUAGCAAAAGCAUAGAGGAAUUUUAUAAUUCUUGAUGAAGUUGGUAGCUUAGAGUUGUAUCCAACAGCGAUGCUGAUUGCUGCUGUAAUUGGCGAGUCACGGUCUUGUAGUAUUCAUGCGAUUCGCCUCAACCAUUGAUGUUCUUAAUGUUUAUAUGUAUAUUAUUUCUUCAUUGAAAUAAAAUAUUUUUAAGAUCUUUCUUAUAAUACUAUGGCUGCAUAUAUAUGUGCAUG